AUGAGGCCACCUCCAGCUCUGUGGCUGUGCGUAGUGACAGUGGGUGUCCAGGUGUUGUUGCUACCUAGUGGGACUGUGGCCUUCACAUCUGCCGUCAACCCUGGCUUCAGGACCAUUCUCACUCAGAAAGGCUUGAACUACGCAAAUGGGGUUGCAUUUCCACUGCUGAAGGAGAGGAUUAGCAACUUCUCAAUUCAAAAUUUCACUAAGUCUUUCAAGGUCCCAAUCAUUGGAAUGAUUACAUUCACAUUAACCAAUGCCAAGAUUCUGAGUUUGAAUUUUGGGGAUUCGUCGAUGACCCUUGCGAAAAACGGUCUCACGUUGGUCGACAAUGGGAUAUCAUUGGCACUGUCGGCUGAUUGGUCGUAUGACACUGUGUAUGGAGCGCCUAUGAACACCUCAGCAAGCGGGCCAAAUGUCAAGGGCCAUGGCACGGUGGACGUAUCAGGCAGAGGGAUAUCUCUGAAGAUGACAGUGGAUAUGACCAUGAACAAGUCAAGUGGCGGAAUCCACCUCAACUGUUCCUACUGUUCCGUUGUGACCUACACAUGGAAUGGUGUUGAGAUAGACUAUACUCUGGUGGCAGAUCCUGACUUCACUCAUUCUGGAGUUGUCAUCUUUGACAAUAAGGGGGAAUUUCGUUUGGGCAAGGACCCCCAGGAUCCCCCGUUCCCUCCCCCUCCAUUCCCAGACCCCUCUCUGAGGAACUUCUCGAAGAUGAUCUACCUCCAGGGCUCUACCUAUGUCGCCGAGUCAGCAUCCUGGGCCUUCUGGAAGGCUGGGCUUCUGUCCUAUAAUGUCUCCAAUGAACAAAUUCCAACGGGUUUCAAGACCACUGGCUUUUACUGCGCCAUUGUUUCUCCUGAGUUGUGCAAGAAGUACCCCAACAAGAAGGUCAUGUUUGGAGUAGUUGCUAGCGACUACCCCAGACUGAAUAUUACCCCGGAGUAUGCAGUAGUAAUGGGCAAAGCUCUUGCCAGUAUGUAUGUAAAGAACAAUGGACGUGAAGAAAUAGCCUUUACUUUGAAUCUGUGCUCAACAUUGAAGAACAUUCUGACAACGCUAGCACCGUCACUGGGUCUCGCCUACAUAAACAGCAUACUUGGUGCUGGUGUACCAAUUCCAGUAAUAGAUGGUGUGACGUUUAUUAACCCUUCACUUACUUUUGGAAAGGCCUCGUUGGACCGACGAAGCUACAUGUACAACCUGUUUGGUCCGGCACUCAACGGCUUCCUCAAACGAGAGCUUAACAAAAAGGCAUGUAACGAGCUCAUCAAGUGGUUUAAUGAGACGACAAAGAAAUAUAUCAAUCCCUUACCAACCACCAUUAACGUAGCUGAUGGAAUAGAGAUUGACUAUGGUCUGGUGUCGGAUGCCGACUUCUCCAGAAAAGGCAGAGUCGUCACCAAUCACAAAGGGGAAUUUCUGUUGUUGCCCAAUGCUACGGACCCCCCAUUCCAACCCCCUCCACUACCCGACCCCUCGGAAGAAGACUUCCCCAAUACGAAGAUGGUUCACGUUGUCGUCAGCAACUACGUCGCUGAAACUGCUGCAUAUGCCUUCAAAGAAGCCGGCCAACUGGCAUACAACAUAACCAGUGACAAGACGCUGUGUGACAAAUUCCCAAAGAUGAACGUGAUGCUGGGGGUAGCUGUGAGCGGUAUACCGACUCUGAACAUCACGACCAACCACACCGCCAUGGAAGCUGAAGUUGAGGUUACCAUGUUCGUAGCUAACGGCAACGGAAGAGAGGACGUGGCGUUCGUUUUAGACUUUGUGAGUAUGGAUCUCCCAACGAAAAUAGUGGAUAUCACCCUCAAAAACUCUACCAUCGGACAAUUCGAUAUUACGAAGCUAAAGGAUGUUAUUACCUACGCUUUACUUCCUCUGGGUGUCUCUUACGUCAAUAAUAAGUACACCCGACCGGGGUUCCCCAUUCCUGCAAAAGGUGGCGUAACAUUCGCCAACACUACCAUCACCGAAAGAGAGGCGUGCCAACAACUAACAAACUGGACCAACGAAUACACUAACAUGUACCUCGGCCCUCUUCCAACUACCAUAGUGUUCAGUGGAAUAGAGAUUGACUAUGGUCUGGUGUCGGAUGCCGACUUCUCCAGAAAAGGCAGAGUCGUCACCAAUCACAAAGGAGAAAUUCUAAUCCAAUCGGACCCCACAAAUCCCCCGUUCACGCCACCUCCCCUUCCCGAUCCAUCAGAGGAAAAGUUUCCCGGGUCGAAGAUGAUCUACCUCGUCAUCAGCAAAUACGUCGCAGAGUCAGCCUCGUAUGCAUUCUGGAAGGCAGGUCGAAUGACGUACAACUUGAGCACUACAGAUCUUCCACCGUUCUUACGAAAGACAAGUUUUGGUGUAACGUGCUGUGUGCUCAAAUGCAGCGGCGGAGAUGAAAUGGCGUUCGUCCUACAGUUUGUGAGUAGAAAUCUAAUUCUGAUGUCUAAUGAUACUGGCUGGUGUGCGUGCAUGUCGGAUUUCAAGGAUGCAGAAGGUGAUGUGGAUCCUUAUUUCAACAAAACAAAUAACCACCUAUGCGGUAAUGUCAGCAGUGGAAGAGUGUCGGACUUGCACACCGUGAAGACUAAUUUUGGAAAUCUAAAUUUAAAAUUUAAUAUCAAUCCAAUUCUUUUUAAUUCCUUAGACUACACACAGCCUGGUGUCCCCAUCCCUACAAACAACGGUAUAGUCUUCACUAACACGACACUCAAACUUGGAGAGGGCUAUGUUGUCAUUGGCAGUGACGUCUUGUACACGCCAGAAUUUCUCCCGAGCAACAUGACUUGCAUAUAUCACUAA